GCACGAAACAAUAGGGCCACAUUUUGCACUUCCUACUAAUGUGUUCUCACUUUCUCACCUUCAAUUCGAUUGAGGCGUGAAACUCUGCAAUUCCUGCUGCGUAGAAGCCGUGAUUCAGUCGAAGAGCUUAAGAAAUGGCGAGCUUUGAUGACCGGAGCAGUCACAAACGAGCUUUCCUCGAGUUCUUGGACCAGAAUGUAUACAAGAACGAGAUCAAGGCCAUGAUUGACCAGCGGCGCCGCCGUCUCAUCGUCAACAUCUCCGAUCUGCACUCCUUCCAAGACUUCGGUCCCAGGAUAUUGAAGAAUCCAAGUGAGUUUAUGCAACCAUUCUGUGAUGCGGCCACAGAUAUUGCUCGAAGUAUCGACCCGCUGUUCUUGAAGGAAGGAGAGCAAGUUCAUGUCGGUUUCGAGGGCCCUUUUGUCUCUCGCCGUGUCUCUCCCAGAGAGCUUCUCUCUGAGUACAUAGGCACCAUGGUCUGCGUGGAGGGCAUUGUCACCAAAUGUUCUCUUGUUAGGCCAAAGGUUGUGAAAAGUGUGCAUUACUGUCCUACAACUGGAGACUUCACUUCUCGCGAGUACAGAGAUAUAACGUCUAAUGUGGGCUUGCCAACGGGGUCUGUUUAUCCUACAAGGGAUGAACAUGGGAACCUCUUGGUGACUGAGUAUGGCUUGUGCAUGUAUAAAGAUCACCAAACCUUGUCAAUGCAAGAGAUGCCUGAGAAUUCUGCUCCUGGUCAGCUCCCACGAACACUGGAUAUUAUUGUUGAGGAUGACCUUGUUGAUUCAUGCAAGCCUGGCGACCGGGUGGCUAUGGUUGGGAUAUACAAAGCACUUGCUGGGAAGACCAAGGGAAGUGUGAAUGGUGUGUUUAGGACCGUGCUGAUAGCUAAUAAUGUUUCCCUCCUGAACAAAUUGGCAAGUUCUCCAAUUUACACUGCUGAUGACAUCAAGAACAUUAAAAAGAUUGCUGAAAGAGCUGAUGUUUUUGACCUACUGGGUAAUUCGCUUGCACCUUCGAUAUAUGGGCAUUCAUGGAUAAAGAAAGCUGUUGUUUUACUGAUGCUUGGUGGAGUGGAAAAGAACUUGGAAAACGGCACUCACUUAAGAGGUGACAUCAACAUGAUGAUGGUGGGUGAUCCUUCUGUUGCCAAAUCACAACUACUCCGAGCAAUCAUGAAUAUUGCUCCUUUAGCUAUAUCAACCACUGGCCGCGGGUCUUCUGGCGUGGGUUUGACAGCUGCUGUAACUUCUGACCAAGAAACAGGAGAAAGAAGGCUAGAAGCUGGAGCCAUGGUUCUCGCUGACAGAGGUGUUGUUUGCAUUGAUGAAUUUGACAAGAUGAAUGAUCAGGAUCGUGUUUCCAUUCACGAAGUCAUGGAGCAGCAGACUGUUACUAUUGCAAAAGCAGGGAUCCAUGCAUCACUAAAUGCUAGAUGCAGUGUGGUGGCAGCUGCAAAUCCCAUAUAUGGAACUUAUGACCGCUCAAUAACGCCUACCAAGAACAUAGGACUGCCAGACUCUUUGCUUUCUCGGUUCGAUUUGCUUUUCAUAGUACUGGAUCAAAUGGACGCUGAUAUUGACCGCCAAAUCUCGGAUCACGUCUUGAGGAUGCACCGGUAUCGUUCAGCAAUAGACGCAGGCGAGGCAGCAGUUGAUGAUGCGAGUGCAAGAUACGCAAGAGAAGAGGAUGCCGAGACCGACACAUCAGUAUUUGUCAAGUAUAACCGAAUGCUUCAUGGGAAGAAAACAGAUAGAACCCGCAAAAGGGAUACGCUUUCUAUAAAUUUUCUGAAGAAGUAUAUUCACUAUGCUAAGCAUAGGUUCCAGCCUGAGCUGACCGACGAGGCGUCGGAACAAAUUGCAACUGCUUAUGCUGAGCUGAGAAAUUCUGGGACAACCACAAAGACGGGAGGAACACUUCCAAUCACUGCCAGAACGUUAGAAACCAUAAUACGUCUCUCAGCUGCCCAUGCAAAGUUGAAACUAAGUAGACAGGUCACGAAGUCUGACGUUGAAGCUGCUCUGAAAGUUCUGAACUUUGCCAUAUAUCAUAAAGAGCUGACUGACAUGGAAGAGCGUGAACACGAAAGGGAGAGGGAAGCCGAGAGAGAGAACAGAGCUCAGCGUCGCCGUACCAAUCGGAACACAGCAGGAGAUGAUAAUCAAGCCACUACUAAUGCGGACGGAGACGGCCCUGAUGUAGACGCCAUGGAUGUAGAUGAGCCUGCUGAGCAGCCCACUACAGGGAUAUCUACGGAAAGGACCGAAGCAUUCAACUCAGCGUUUCUUCAGUGUAUGCGGUACCAGCAGAGCAUAACCAUAGAUGAUCUGGAGAAGGCCGUUAACACAGGAGCUGCUAUUUACUCGAGACCAGAGAUCAUGACCUUCUUAAAGAAACUGCAAGAUGAUAACAGAGUGAUGAUUGCCGACGACGGAAAAGUUCAUUUGGUUUGAUUUGCACGCCUUCAACUCCUGACGUUGCCUUGCUGGAGAAGUAACUCCAAUGGCUUGUGAAAGUGGUGCCUGAUUGAACGUGAUCGUGUAAUGUAUUUGUAGCAUGCUUGUUCUCCACACUGAUCCCCACAUUUCCUUAGCGAAUUUCGCAGAGUAGGAUGAUCAUCAUUAGCAAUGGUUCUCUUUGUGUCGUUAGUGACGUGGUAGAACUAAUAUAGCAGACUCACUUUCCUAUACUCCAUGUUUGUUCGAUUUGUGAACAAUCCUCUCUACAAAGUGACUAGUGACUGCCUAGCCCUAGUGUCUUGAUCACAAAUUGGUGUUUUAUGAAUGUUCGACGCAGCAGGUUUAGAGCCACUAAAUUGAAAACCGUCUCUCAUAUAGGUGCGCCUAAAUAUUCAUAUUAAGAUCUCUUUGCUUCCAUCAAAUUGAAGUAGCAUGUAAAUUG